AUGGCGUCAAAACACCCAGAAGAGCUUUUCAUUGCUCUUUUGAGGUCUGCCUAUGGCAAUUCCUGCCGUAGAGUUGUCAAUCGACGGCACCGCCUCCUAGCCUCUAAGCUCCCCUCGACCAGGGCCCUCAGUGUCCUGCGCAACUCGUCGGCCAGAACAGCUCGAUCAAUUGACCAGCUGGAGCCCGGUCACGGUGGAUGCAGAGGCAAUGCGACCGCCGCAACGCGCGAGAAAUCAACCAAGUCCACUGUUCGGCCGCCGCGUAACAUCGCCGUUCUCGGAGGAGGCAUCACAGGCUUGACAGCAGCUCACUACCUCGCCCGGCACGCCACCAAUGCACAUAUCACCAUAUAUGAGAGCAGUGACCGUUUGGGUGGAUGGUUAGAUGGGAAGACGGUCGAUAUUGGUCAAGGAGAAGGCAGCAGCGUCUUGGUCCAGAGAGGUCCUCGGAUGCUGCGGUCUGGCGCUACUUCCAACAAGUACGACGACCUUGUGCUUUACGACGUUCUGGCCAACCUCGACCUACAAGACAAGGUCCUGUACCCUGAAGGUGCAGCCAAUUCUCGCUACGUAUACUACCCCGAUCACCUCGUCAAGCUUCCGUCGGCCGAACCCACCCUCGACAACGUUGUGGAUAUGAUACGCUCCUACUUCACCGAGCCACUAUGGAACGGUUGCUUCUGGGCCUAUAUGUACUGGAGACAGGCCUCCAGUGACCCCGAGAUCAAGCGUGCCCAGAUGCAAACACCCAUCAAGGUAAAAACCAAUAAGCGAAACGGCGAGCCCAUCCAGAACAUCGUCUCGGCCAUGUUGCACGGCAUCUAUGGUGGUGAUAUUUGGAAGCUGAGCGCCAAGCAUACAAUUUUUGACCGUUUCUGGUACCAAGACCGCGAUCCGAUAAGCGAUUCGUUGCUGUGGAUGGCAAGGAAGGAGUGGUCAGUCAAAAACGACAUUCUUGAAGGGCCCAACCUGCAACAUGUCAUCAAAAUGGCUGAGAAGUUACGGACCAAGAAUUUGCUUGCAUUCGAGGACGGGCUGGUGACGCUCGUCGAUAAAUUAGUAGCCGACCUGGCAGGCCAGGAAAACGUCACUAUCAAGUACAAUGCCCCUGUGACCUCGUUGGCAAACAAAGAAAAUUACGUGGAGAUCUCGAGCACCGAUGGUAACGGAGGCAAGUAUGAUCAAGUUUUGAGCACGCUUUUCUCUGGACAACUAGCACGACUCACCCAACCAGCUAAUGCUCUGCCGUCCCUCGCCAAAACCAAGGCUGUGACCAUCAUGGUCGUCAACCUCUGGUACCCGAACCCGGACCUGCUCAAGGCAAACCUUGGCUUCGGCUACCUCAUACCACAGUCAGUCGCCGAGGAAGAGAACUCCGAGUGUGCGCUUGGCGUGCUCUUCGACUCGUGCCUCGAGACGCGUCCCGAAACCCCCGGUACCAAGCUGACAGUCAUGCUCGGCGGUCAUUACUGGGACAACUGGACCUUCUACCCCUCAGAGGAGACGGCAAUUCAAAUGGCGAAAAGCGUCGUGCGGCGCCAUCUCGGCAUCCCCGAAUCCGAAAAGGUGACAGCCAGUGCUAAGCUAUGCCGCGAAUGCCUCCCGCAGCAAACAGUCGGCCACCGCGAACGCAUGACCAAGGCGCACUACGAGCUCCUAGGCGCAUUCAAGGGCAAGCUCAUGGUGGCGGGACCGAGCUACACCAAUAUCGGCGUCAUUCCCGCUAUGCGUGCCGGCUUCGACGCGGGCAUGCGCAUGGCGAAGGGCCAUGGUCCUCCGUGGUUCCGUAACGAUGAAAUGGGUCAUUGGAGCUACUACAUGAGCUGGCAUCGUGCCCAGGGCCUGCCAGAAGCCGCGCCUGAUCACGUUGGCAGUACGGGGCUUGAGUGGGCUACGGAGAGUGAGCAUGAUAGUAUGUGGACCAUGGAGAAAACUGCGAUGUAUUUCCGGCAGUGGACGCCGGAGGAUAGGGUUUGGACGGAUGGGGAGGGGAACUGGAAAUCGGAGGCGGCGAGAGGGAGUGUGAAAAAGGAGCUCGAUGAUUCUGGUAGGUGA